CCGUUGGGCCUGGCUCUGAGAAAGCGUCGCCUACUGCCGCCGCCGCCGCCGAGGGACAGAAGGAGCGGGAGCAAGCGCAGCGUGGCGAUGGGCGGGAGUAGAGCCCCGCCGGAGAGGCUGGGCGGCCGCCGGUGACAGAUUCUUCUCUGUGCACAACGCCUCCUGCAUGUCGUGCUGCCUCAAGGUGCCCUGAGCUAGGUGCCAGCGUGUCACGCUGCCACCAUGAACGAGGUGUCUGUCAUCAAAGAAGGCUGGCUCCAGAAGCGUGGCGAAUACAUCAAGACCUGGAGGCCUCGCUACUUCCUGCUGAAGAGUGACGGCUCCUUCAUUGGCUACAAGGAGAGGCCCGAGGCCCCCGACCAGACCCUACCCCCCUUAAACAACUUCUCUGUCGCAGAAUGCCAGCUGAUGAAGAGGGAGAGGCCACGGCCCAACACUUUUGUCAUACGCUGCCUACAGUGGACCACCGUCAUUGAGAGGACCUUCCACGUCGACUCUCCAGAUGAGCGGGAGGAGUGGAUGCAGGCCAUCCAGAUGGUCGCCAACAGCCUCAAGCAGCGGGGCCCAGGCGAGGACCCCAUGGACUUCAAGUGUGGCUCCCCCAGCGACUCUUCUACGGCUGAGGAGAUGGAAGUGGCCGUCAGCAAGGCGCGGGCCAAGGUGACCAUGAAUGACUUCGACUAUCUCAAACUCCUUGGCAAGGGCACCUUUGGCAAAGUCAUCCUGGUGCGGGAGAAGGCCAGCGGUCGCUACUACGCCAUGAAGAUCCUGCGGAAGGAGGUUAUCAUCGCCAAGGAUGAAGUCGCCCACACAGUCACCGAGAGCCGGGUCCUCCAGAACACCAGGCACCCAUUCCUCACUGCGCUGAAGUAUGCCUUCCAGACCCAUGACCGCCUGUGCUUUGUGAUGGAGUAUGCCAACGGUGGUGAGCUGUUUUUCCACCUGUCCCGGGAGCGUGUCUUCACAGAGGACCGCGCCCGGUUUUAUGGCGCUGAGAUCGUCUCGGCCCUCGAGUACUUGCACUCUCGGGACGUGGUGUACCGCGACAUCAAGCUGGAAAAUCUCAUGCUGGACAAAGACGGCCACAUCAAGAUCACUGACUUUGGCCUGUGCAAAGAGGGCAUCAGUGAUGGGGCCACCAUGAAAACCUUCUGUGGGACCCCGGAGUACCUGGCGCCCGAGGUGCUGGAGGACAAUGACUACGGCCGGGCCGUGGACUGGUGGGGGCUGGGCGUGGUCAUGUACGAGAUGAUGUGUGGCCGCCUGCCCUUCUACAACCAGGACCACGAGCGCCUCUUCGAGCUCAUCCUCAUGGAGGAGAUUCGCUUCCCGCGCACGCUCAGCCCCGAGGCCAAGUCCUUGCUUGCUGGGCUACUUAAGAAGGACCCAAAGCAGAGGCUUGGCGGGGGGCCCAGUGACGCCAAGGAGGUGAUGGAGCACAGGUUCUUCCUCAGCAUCAACUGGCAGGAUGUGGUACAGAGGAAGCUCCUGCCACCCUUCAAACCUCAGGUCACAUCUGAGAUCGACACAAGGUACUUCGACGACGAGUUCACAGCCCAGUCCAUCACAGUCACACCCCCGGACCGCUAUGACAGCCUGGGCUCCCUAGAACUGGACCAGCGGACCCACUUCCCCCAGUUCUCCUACUCAGCCAGCAUCCGCGAGUGAGCAGGCCCCGCCAACUACAGGAGGCACGGGUGGCUUUUUUUAAAACCUUUUUAUUUUGCUCUUCUUUGUGUCCUCGCCCCUCACCUCCUCACCCCAUUCCCAGCUCUUUGUUCAGCCCUCUCCCAAACUCCUCAGCCAUCCCAGCAGCCCUUGCCUCCAAGGGAGUGCCUGUCCCCCCUCACCUUUCUGUCCAGACUAGUGUUGGGAGACUCUCCAGCUCCUGCCCCAGGACUGGGCCUUUGGAGUGCUGGGAAGAUUAUUAUUUUUUUAACCAACACAAGCCCCGACGAGGGGUGAAGCGUGGAACGUGGCCACCCAUCUACGCGCUGCUGCUGCUGGACAGAGGAGGUGGCCUUCUCGAGGGAUUCCGUGUCCAGCAACGGCCCUGGUGCUGCCUGCUGUACUGUGGCUUAGGUUCCGAGUGACCUGACAUGAGGCAGUCCGGCCUACCCCCAUGGGGGCAGAAAAGCAAUAAUGUCCAGGACCUGGCGGGGGCCUGGGGAAGCUGUGGAAGCAGAGGGUUUAGGGCUCCCUCGGGUGGAUGGCACUGUGUCCUCAGCUCUACCCUUGGGGAACCAGGAACGGCCUGGGGGUGGGCACUGCCUCCUGGCCCUGCUUUUGCCCUGCCUGCCCGCAAGCUGCUGUCCUGGCUUUGGGGAUGAGGCAGGAGGAACAUUUUGGGGCAACCCCUGCCCCCAGCUCUGUGCCUUACCAGGGUUUCCCUUCUGCUGGACCCUGGGCGUGGGCCCGGCCCCAUCGGAGGGCGAGGGCAGGGAUUACCUGUUCUCUGCCUGAGGCAGAGGGGCGCCCGCCUUGGCUGUUACACAUCUCACACCAAGACAGUAUUGGGCCCGUAGACAGGUGGAGGAGCGGGUGGGGGUGGGAGUUUGGUCUGUGUUGGGGUGGGUGGCCUCUGAGAAGGGAGGUCACCUCCCCUCCCCUCCCCCUCCGCCUGUCCAAGGCCCCACGUUCUGCAGCCUUAAGGUGAGCAUGAGCAAGUACACGGCUGUGCUGUGGGCACUUGGUGCCUGGACGCGCGUCAGGGACACGGAUGCACACAGGUGUGCGUGCUUGAAUCUGCACGAGUGUGCAUGUGUGCUGUGUGUGUGUGUUUGUGAGGGCAAGCGUGGCCAGGCCCUCAAAUGUGUGUGUGUGGUGUGUGUGGCUCAAGCAUUUCGUCCCUUGGGGUGGCGGCGGGAGGGUGCUGACCUAGUGGGAGGAGCCAUGCCUGCCCUGCCCACGUCUCCCCUCCUUUCCCUUCCUCUCCCACCCAAUAUCUCCAGGUGUUUGGAAUUUGAUUUUUGUGGUUUUGACCCUCCCAACCCCCAUCCUGUACUAGACCGUUCACAGAAGGGCAUCAUGGGGCGGGGAUGGGAUAGGUUGGUUUGGGUGGUAGGGGGUCUUUUUCCUUUUUGUGUGUGUGUCUUUUCUCUGACAUCUCCCCCGCCCUCUGGCCUUUCUGAAUUUCUUCUUGUAUUUGUACGGUACAAGCAAUAAAGACCAGGGCCCAGCCUGCAUUUGUGCUGGCCUGACACCUGGGACCCUCCCUUGCUUAUGGAGUCCAGUCCCUGCGCACCAGCUGUUCCCAUCCGUUCUUUUCAGAGGGCCCUGCCCAGCCAGAAGGUGGGGUAGCAGGUGGGGGAGGCCAAGCAGAGGCUGGAGGUGGGAGCAAGCUAGGUGUGCCUCUGGGCUUGGGCAGCUUGGGGUUGAAGUGUGCCCAUUUCUUUCUGGUGUACAGCUUAGUGAUAACAGCUACAUUAAUCAAGUCGUGUAACUGUUACCCCUAGUCGAUGCUCAUCACCAUAGACAAAAAUUUACUACUUCCCAGAGGGAGAUUUCAUCUCUCCCUAAUGGGCAUCCUUGUCUCGUUCUUAUUCCCAAGGGGGAGGUUCUCAGUAUUUCACCAUUGAGAAUAAUGUUGGCUGUUAGUUUUGCAUUUAUCCCCUUAAUUAUGUUAAGGAAUUUCCUUUCUGUCCCUGUUUUGCUGAGAGAUUUUAUCAGGAAAAGGUUUUGGGUUUUAUCAAAUGCCUUUUCUGCAUCUAUUGAGAUGAUCAUGUGGUUCUUUUCCUUUGUUUUAUUAAUGUGUAUUACAUUGACUCAUUUUCAAAUAUUGAACUAUCCAUGCAUUCCUGGAAUAAAUCCCACUUGGUGUAUAACCCAGAACCCAGUGCCGUCGAGUCGAUUCCGACUCAUAGCGACCCUAUAGGACAGAGUAGAACUGUCCAUAGAGUUUCCAAGGAGCAUCUGGUGGAUUCAAACUUCCGACCCUUUGGUUAGCAGCCGUAGCACUUAACCACUACGCCACCAGGGUUUCCAGUGGUGUAUAAUUCUCUUAAUAUAGAUUUCUGUUCACUAGAAUUUUGUUGAGGAUCUUGGCAUCUGUAUUCAUGAGGGAUAUCAGUCUGUAGUUUUCUUCUGUUGUCUUUAUCUGGUUUUGGUGUCAGGGUAAUGUUCCUCUUCUGUAUUUUGGAAGAGUUUGAGCAGGGCUGGUGUCAGUUCUCUGAACGUUUGGUAAAAUUCCCCAGUGAAGCCAUCUGGUCCUAGGCCUUUUGUUGUUGGGAGGCUUUUGAUGACUGAUUCAAUCUCGUUAUGGGUCUAUUGAGAUUUUCUAUUUCUAUUUAUGUUAGUAUAGGUAGGCUAUGUAUUUCUGGGAAUUUGUCCAUUUUGUCUUUUCAAGUUUGUUGGAGUAUAAUUUUUCAUACUAUUCUCUUGUGAUCCUCUAUUAAUAUCUCAGUUGAAUCUGUUGUAAUGUCUCUAAUUUCAUUUUUUAUUUUGGUUAUUUGCACCCUCUCACUUUUUUCCUUUGUCAUUCUAGUCCAGUGGUUUGUCUGUUUUUAUUGUUUUUUUUUUUUUAAAGAACCAACUUUUGGUUUUGUUGAUUCUCUUGUUUUUCUAUUCCCUAUUAAUUUCUGUUCUGAUAAUUUAUUAUUUUCUUCUAGUAGCUUUGGGCUCCUUUUGCUCUUCUUUUUCCUUCAGGUUGUAGAGUUAAGCUAUUGAUUUGAGAUCUUUUUUUUUAAUGUUGGCAUUUAUUGCUAUGAAUUUCCCUCUGAGCACUGCUUUCCCUGUGCCUCAUAGGUUUUGGUGUGUUGUGUUUUCAUUCUCAUUCAAUUCUAGGUAUUUUUUUAUUUCUCUCUUGAUUUCUUCUAUGACCCAUGGGUUUUUUUAGUAGCGUGUUGUUCAGAUUUACCCUUUUUCUUCCUGUUAUUGAUUUCUAGCUUCAUUCCAUUAUGGUCUGAAAAGAUGCUUUGUAUGAUUUCAGUCUUUUUAAAUUUAUUGGGAUUUGCAUUGUGUCCUAAAAUGUGGUUUAUUCUGGAAAAUGAUCCAUGUGCGUUAGAGAAGAAUGUGGGUUGUGCUUCUGUUGGGUGGAGUGUUCUAUAUAUGUCUGUUAGGUCCAAUUGUUUAAUAGUGCUAUUCAUAUCUUCUGUUUCUUUAUUGAGUGUCUUUCUAGUUGUUCUCCGAAAG